UACUCGCAAUAGAGAACUCGUGAUGUAUCAUGUCCUUAAAAUUGGCGGGAAUUUCACCGCCUUCUUUCCUCCUUGACAGCUUUCUCUCGUUCUCUCUGACUCCUCGAAGCUCAAGGAACCAUGAAUAACGGCAACCAAAGAAAACGGCCGCCACCGGCGUCACAGCGUUCUUCAUCGGAAGUAAAGCACCAAGCCACAGCGCCGGCGCCGCCACCUACAGCGGCAGUCUUAGAAGAUGAUUUCGUGGAUGAAGACGUCUUUUUGGACGAAACCCUCAUUUCCGGCGAAGAAGACGAGGAGUCACUCAUCCUCCGCGACAUCGAAGAACGGGAAGCUCUCGCCUCUCGCCUUUCCAAAUGGGCCCGUCCUCCUCUUUCCCGUGCUUAUCUCUCCGAAUCCCAGAGCAUCAUUUUCCAGCAAUUGGAGAUUGAUUAUGUGAUUGGGGAGAGUCACAAGCAACUAUUGACUGAUUCAUCAGGACCUGCAGCUAUUAUCAGGAUUUUUGGUGUUACUAGAGAGGGACACAGUGUUUGUUGCCAUGUUCAUGGCUUUGAGCCAUAUUUCUAUAUAGCUUGCCCCCCUGGAAUGGGCUCUGAUGAUAUUUCGCGUUUUCAUCACAUUCUUGAGGGAAGGAUGAAGGAGGCAAACAGAAACAGCAAGGUACCGAAAUUUGUUCGGCGUAUUGAAUUGGUGCAGAAAAGAAGCAUUAUGUAUUACCAGCAGCAAAAGUCUCAGCUUUUCCUCAAAAUUGUAGUUGCACUUCCGACAAUGGUGACUAGUUGUCGUGGUAUUCUUGAUAGGGGCAUUCAGAUUGAUGGUUUUGGUACAAAGAGCUUUAUGACAUAUGAAAGCAAUGUUCUUUUUGCUCUUCGUUUCAUGAUUGACUGCAAUAUUGUUGGUGGCAAUUGGAUUGAAGUACCUUCCUGGAAAUAUAAGAAAACUGCAAAGAAUUUGUCCUACUGCCAACUCGAGUUUGACUGCCUGUAUUCGGAUUUGAUCAGCCAUACAUAUGGGACAAGGGAAAGUAAAGAAGUUUCAGUGGAAGGGAGAGUUCAAUUUGAUUUGCUUCAGAUAAUGCAAAGAGAUCAUAAAUUAAGUUCUUAUUCUUUGAAUUCUGUUGCAGCACACUUUCUUUCUGAGCAGAAAGAGGAUGUUCACCAUUCAAUAAUAUCUGAUCUUCAGAAUGGGAAUGCAGAAACCAGGAGACGGCUUGCUGUGUAUUGUUUGAAGGAUGCUUAUCUUCCGCAGAGGCUUUUGGACAAGCUUAUGUUCAUUUACAAUUAUGUGGAAAUGGCCCGUGUCACAGGUGUCCCAAUCUCUUUUCUUCUUUCGAGAGGGCAAAGCAUCAAGGUUCUCUCUCAACUUCUUAGGAAGGCUAAACAAAAGGACAUGGUUAUUCCAAAUGUCAAACAAGCAGGAUCUGAACAGGGAACAUAUGAAGGUGCAACUGUUUUGGAAGCAAGGGCCGGUUUCUAUGAAAAGCCAAUUGCAACAUUAGAUUUUGCAUCUUUGUAUCCCUCAAUUAUGAUGGCAUAUAAUUUAUGCUACUGCACUCUGGUGACAUCCGAAGAUGUUCGAAAACUCAAUCUGCCUCCCGAGUCUGUCAACAAAACUCCAUCUGGUGAAACAUUUGUUAAAUCAAACUUGCAGAAGGGAAUUCUUCCAGAAAUUCUUGAAGAACUAUUAUCUGCUCGUAAACGAGCAAAAGCAGAUUUGAAGGAAGCAAAGGAUCCACUUGAGAAGGCUGUUCUAGAUGGUAGACAGCUGGCCUUGAAGAUAAGUGCAAAUUCUGUCUAUGGUUUUACCGGAGCUACUGUUGGCCCAGUUGCCGUGCAUAGAAAUCUCUCAAGCGUUACAAGCUAUGGUCGACAGAUGAUUGAAAACACCCAAAAACUUGUGGAGAAGAAAUUUACGACACUAGGGGGGUAUGAACACAAUGCCGAGGUCAUAUAUGGGGACACUGAUUCAGUUAUGGUACAAUUUGGUGUACCUAAUGUAGAAGCAGCAAUGAAUUUGGGGAGAGAAGCUGCUGAAUACAUAAGUGGGACUUUCACUAAACCCAUCAAACUAGAGUUUGAGAAGGUUUACUAUCCAUAUCUGUUGAUUAGCAAGAAAAGAUAUGCUGGUCUGUUUUGGACAAAUCCACAAAAGUUUGACAAGAUGGAUACUAAAGGCAUUGAAACAGUUCGGAGAGAUAACUGUUUACUGGUAAAGAAUCUAGUAAAUGAGUGCCUUCACAAAAUACUAAUUGACAGAGACAUUCCUGGAGCAGUUCAGUAUCGAGAUCCUGCCACUGCUCCAAAUGUUGGAGAUCGGGUUCCUUAUGUCAUUAUAAAAGCUGCAAAAGGUGCCAAGGCUUACGAGAGGUCAGAGGAUCCAAUCUACGUACUAGAAAAUAACAUACCAAUAGAUCCGCAGUACUACCUUGAAAAUCAAAUUAGCAAGCCACUAUUAAGAAUUUUUGAGCCCAUUUUGAAGAAUGCGAGCAAGGAACUUCUUCAUGGAAGUCACACGAGAUCCAUUUCCAUAUCAACUCCUUCUAACAGUGGUAUCAUGAAAUUUGCUAAGAAGCAACUCAGUUGCAUUGGUUGCAAAGCCCUAAUAAGCAAUGCAGAUCAAACACUCUGCUCACAUUGUAAAGGACGGGAAGCUGAACUAUACUGCAAGACAGUUUCCCAGGUUUCAGAGCUAGAAGAACUGUUUGGGAAGCUAUGGACCCAGUGCCAAGAAUGCCAAGGCUCUCUUCACCAGGAUGUCCUCUGUACCAGUCGAGAUUGCCCAAUAUUUUAUCGAAGAAAGAAGGCACAAAAAGACAUGGCGGAAACCAAGCGGCAAUUAGACCGAUGGAACUUGUAAGACUAUCCCAAGGUUUUGGAGUUUUGAGCUGAGGAUACGUGGCAAUGAGUGCCCUUACCACAUGCUUUUAGUUGGAGUCCAGCUUAACUUGAUUUCUUAUUCAGUGCCUUAUGAUUUUAUUGGAGGGUUGGUGGCAUUAGCUUUAGCUUGUUGAAUAUGAUGUACAGUAGCUGCGAAAAUUGUGCUUAUGUUAUGUAAAUAAUCGCAUAUCAUGUCUUAGUCGCAUGAUUAAUGCACAAAUUGAGCAAUUUGAGGUUUUCGAUCCAUAAUUAGAACUUUCUUGGGUGCAUUUUAAUAUGUAUCAUGAACAAAUAUCUAGUCUUGACGGUAAAUUCAACUCAGUUGAUGGACUCAGGUACACUUGAA